AUGAAGGUUCGACGCAGUUUUCCUAUAGAUAUAGAGUCGCGUAAAGCUGGAGAAAAGUAUUUUAAAGAUUUAUGGUUGGAAACUAAGAGUAAAGCUGUAAAACUUGCAUCAAAUUUUAAAUCAUUCCUUGUUUCAAAUUUUGUGAAUCAAGAAUUGAAUGCUUGUCUCAAAUAUGAUUUUAUAAAACCUGAUGAAUGGGAAAGAUUUGUUGCACAAAAAACUACUCCUGAGUUUUUGGCAAGAAGUGCAAAAGCUAAAGAAAGCAAUGUGAAAAGGAUAUUCAUUACACGUUUAGGUCGAAGUGGAUGGAAGGGUUUAUGGUGGAUUGUUCAAAAUGUGGAAAAUAGUAGAACCACGAGACCGAGACAACAGGUUGACAUGAUCCCAUCAUUGCAUGAAUCUAGUGGUGCAUCUGGUGGACGGUUGACAGAAUACCCACCUAUUAAGGUUAGGAUAGAAUGUGAAUUGCUAGUGAAUGUGGCUGAUACUCAAUUGAUAGUAGCUAAUGGUAUUGCAUGGCCAACAUCUGAAACGGUCAUACAUUCACAACCAAUAAGUACACGUGUGAAAGUACAGGUUGAUGAAAUCUUCAAAAUAUAUGAGAACUUGCCUAUGCAUGCCGUCACACGGACGGAAGAAGUUGAAUAUGUUAAACAUCUUCUACAUACCAUCGUUCAGUGGCCGAGAUAUGCAAUAAAGGUUGUGAACAAGACACCUAGCAAAUCAAAUAGUGGCACGGGAAUGGGGUUGAAUCGCGCCUCACCAUACAUACAUGUUGAUCACAUCAUGACGACUUCAGUUUAUCGUCCACAAUUUGAGGAAAACCACAUUUCUUAUCAACAUGAAAUUAAUGAACAUUUUCAAGGUGGUUUAGUUGAUAUGAUGUUAUCUAUGAAUCCACCACAAGUUCAUUUAAAUGCACCCGAACCGAGAGCCAGACCCUAA